UAUAAUUUUUAGAAAUAUAUUUACAAUUGAUUUCUACAACAUUUUAAUUUUUUUAUAUAUAUACACUCAUAGUUGCUACUAUAGUAAAAAUGUUGAGAUCUUAUUCCAACUUUAGAACCGUAGAGAAUCUUCUCAUAUCGUUACUUCCUAUUUCAAUUUGCAUUAUUUUCAAAAAUUUAUUUACAAUAGAUUUCUACAACAUUUUAAUUAUAUAUAUAUACACUCAUAGUUGCUACUAUACUAAAAAUGUUGAGAUCUUAUUCGAACAAUAGAACCGUAGAGAAUCUUCUCAUAUCGUUAGUUCCUAUUUAAAUUUGCAUGUGUCUAUAUGUACUCUCCAUCUUUCCAAUUAAAUCUGAUAAAAGUGAUAAAACUUUCUGAAACAAGCUUUUCACUUGUCACCAUUAUGUAGUUUUUUUGGACCAUUUUACACAUUUUUCUUUUCUUGCUCUGAUGACAGGCUAUUGUCAUGAACCAUCUAUUAAUAUAUAUAUUCCCCAUAUCUCUUUAUUCGUUCUAAAAAGAUUGAGAGCGACAAAGAAAGAGAGAGAGAAAGAGACAGUGAGAGAUAGGGAGAGAUGGAGAAGAUGAGAGGACAUGUAUUAGCAGUGCCAUUCCCAAGCCAAGGUCACAUCACUCCGAUUCGCCAAUUCUGCAAACGACUUCACUCCAAAGGUUUCAAAACAACUCACACUCUCACCUCUUUCAUCUUCAACACCAUCCACCUCGACCCAUCUAGUCCUAUCUCCAUAGCCACAAUCUCCGAUGGCUACGACCAGGGAGGCUUCUCAUCAGCCGGUUCUGUCCCUGAGUACCUCCAAAACUUCAAAACCUUUGGCUCCAAAACCGUUGCUGAUGUCAUCCGCAAGCACCAGAGUACUGAUAAUCCCAUCACUUGUAUCGUCUACGAUUCUUUCAUGCCUUGGGCACUUGACCUUGCAAGGGAGUUUGGUUUAGCUGCGGCUCCUUUCUUCACGCAGUCUUGCGCCGUUAACUAUAUCAAUUAUCUUUCUUACAUAAACAAUGGUCGCUUGACACUUCCCAUCAAGGAUUUGCCUCUUCUUGAGCUCCAAGAUUUGCCUACUUUCGUCACUCCUACUGGCUCCCACCUUGCUUACUUUGAGAUGGUGCUUCAACAGUUCACAAACUUCGACAAAGCUGAUUUCGUGCUCGUUAAUUCUUUCCAUGACCUCGACCUUCAGGAAGAGGAGUUGUUGUCGAAGGUAUGUCCUGUGUUGACAAUUGGUCCAACUGUUCCAUCAAUGUACUUAGACCAACAGAUCAAAUUUGACAACGACUAUGAUCUAAACCUCUUCGACUUGAAAGAAGCUGCCUUAUGCACUGACUGGCUAGACAAGAGGCCACAAGGGUCGGUGGUGUAUAUAGCUUUUGGGAGCAUGGCUAAACUGAGUAGUGAGCAGAUGGAAGAGAUUGCUUCGGCGAUAAGCAACUUCAGCUACCUGUGGGUGGUCAGAGCUUCAGAGGAGUCAAAGCUCCCACCAGGGUUUCUUGAAACAGUGGAUAAAGACAAGAGCUUGGUCUUGAAGUGGAGUCCUCAGCUUCAAGUUUUGUCAAACAAAGCCAUCGGUUGUUUCAUGACUCACUGUGGCUGGAACUCAACCAUGGAGGGUUUGAGUUUAGGGGUUCCCAUGGUGGCUAUGCCUCAAUGGACUGAUCAACCAAUGAAUGCAAAGUAUAUACAAGAUGUGUGGAAGGUUGGGGUUCGUGUGAAGGCAGAGAAAGAAAGUGGGAUUGCCAAAAGAGAGGAGAUUGAGUUGAGCAUCAAGGAAGUGAUGGAAGGAGAGAAGAGCAAAGAGAUGAAGGAGAAUGCGGGAAAUUGGAGAGACUUGGCUGUGAAGUCACUCAGUGAAGGAGGCUCUACAUAUAUCAACAUUAACGCAUUUGUAUCAAAAAUUCAAAUCAAAUAAGUUAUGCACAUGAUAAUGUAGCAAAGAGAUUUGAUAUGCUUAAAAUGUCCUGAUGGAUAUUUCAAUAAAACCUUUUAAAGUUGAUUCUU